GUCUGAUGAGGUCCAGAGUGAAAGGCGCAGACGCGGCCACUGCAUCAGUGCUCACCUUUCUCGACAGUCAUGUUGAGUGCAACAAAAACUGGCUGGAGCCGUUGCUAGAAAGAAUAGCUGAGGAUCCGACAAGAGUCGUAUGCCCGAUUAUUGACGUGAUAAGUAUGGACACAUUCCAUUACAUAGGCGCAUCAGCUGAUCUCAGAGGUGGUUUCGAUUGGAACCUGGUGUUCAAAUGGGAGUACCUGUCCCCUGGAGCGCAGUUACCGCCAGUCUGA